AUGUCGCUGAUGUACAUGGCGUACCAGCUGCUGCUCUUUUGCACAUCGCUGCUGACGCCCUCAACCAUCUUCCUGCUCAACACGGCCUUUCCGGCAUUCGCCCUGAUAAUCUCGUCGUUAACGCCGUCCAUGUCGCCCUCUUUAUGGUUACGUGCCUCUUCUACAAACGUGUUCCUCGGGCUAGAAAUUUGCCUUUUAUUAGCCUUCCUCAGCAACGGCGACAUCCAGAGUCCCCGCCACUGCAAAAACAUCAUGGAAUGUGCUCAGGGCGAGAUCUGCCAUGUCUAUCAGAAAACGAAUGAAUAUGGGGAUGUUCUAUAUGACCUUGGAUGUACACAAACCUCGAUGUGUCUUAAUCGAACCUAUGGCAAUCAUGCCACUUGUGACGACUGCUGUAAUAGUGACCUGUGCAACGCUGCCGGAUGCGGAAAUUCGGGUUACCCGCCCAAUCGCGGACCGAUAUGUUACAGUUGUUCGUCGCAGACUACUCCAGGAUCCUGCCAUAGUAUCGACUUUUGUGGAAGCAACGAGGUGUGCUUGUUCUAUGAAGAACGUGAAUUUGGUGACAGUGUCUACACAUACAAAUGCGCUGUGGUAUCGCAAUGUGAACGCUACAAGCCGGACAAUUUGGCAAUAGUUGGCAGGUACUUAUCAGAGGAACAGAGAUCUGUAACAGAAACCAUCUGCCAUCGUUGCUGCAAUGUAGAUCUGUGCAACAAACAUUGUGGUUUAUUUGUUUAAAAAUAAACCGGGUUAUUUUGUUGAA